AAUUGAUCACAGACCAGGGCUUGCUUAUUCCUGAUUUGUUCCAAACCUCUUUCUCACUGGUUUCGAAGCACGCUCCCAUGCAGUUGGUAGAAUACAGCAGGAUGGCAUCACUGGGGCUCCUCGCGCUCACUGCGGCACUGUUGGCUGGGGUCUGCACUGCAGAACCACAGCCAUUAAAGGUGACCACCAUUAAGCAAGAACCGUACGCAAUGUCCAAAGGCACAGAACUGGAAGGCUUCUGCAUUGAUCUGUUGUCUGCGCUUGCCAGUAAAUUGGGUUUCAAGUACGAGCUUCACGUGGUGAAGGACGGGAGAUAUGGGGCCAAGAACGAACAGGGCACCUGGAACGGCAUGAUCGGAGAGGUUUUCAGACGGGAAGCUGACCUUGCUGUUGCCCCGCUAACCCUCACGGCCUCACGGGAGGCAGCUGUGGACAUGACCAAACCUUUCAUGCAGACAGGCCUGAGUUUCAUCAUGAGAAAAGACAUCGCCUCCGACGACUCUCAGUAUCUCAGCUUUUUGAAUCUCUUCUCCACUGAAAUGUGGCUGGGUAUCCUGGUGGCUUAUCUGCUAACCUCCUUUUGUAUCUAUCUGGCAGCACGGAUUAGCCCAUCUGAAUGGGAGAAACCCCAAGCUGACGAAAAUCAAUUCACACUCUCACACAGCUUCUGGUACACUGUCGGGGCCAUAACUCUGCAAGGAGCGGGCCCUCACCCCAAGGCCUUGUCAGGACGGCUGAUUACUGCCAUCUGGUGGUUGUUUUCACUGAUGGUCCUGGCCUGUUACUUCGCCAACCUCAGUGCCUGGCUUCAUUCAGACAGUAACCAGCUGUCAAUCAAGAGCUUUGAAGACCUAGCCAACCAAAACAUUAUUCAGUAUGGCACAAUCAAGGGCUCUUCUUCUCUUAACUUCUUCAAGAAUUCCAACAAUCCCAUCUAUCGCCGGGUCUAUGAGAACAUGGAGAGGCAGCAGAGCUAUGCGCAGUCGAUGGAUGAGGGCGUUCGUAGGGCUCAGGAAGGGAAUUACGCCUUCAUCGGGGAGUCUGUGUCUCUGGAUCUGGUUGUUGCACGUUACUGUAAUCUGAUUCGCUCUCCUGAUGUCGUCGGCAUGAGAGGCUACAGCAUUGCUGCUCCUUUAGGCUCUCCUUUGAUGAAAAACUUGAGCGUGGCCAUCCUCCAGCUGAGCGAGUCCGGAGAGCUGGAUUACCUCCGCAGCAAGUGGUGGGCCAGCAGCUGCGUAGCGGAAAACGCCCAGGCCUCGCCUCUCAAGGCCAGCAGCCUGAAGGGAGUCUUCCUGCUGCUGGCGCUCGGCCUGGGCCUGGGAGUCGCUAUGGCCCUCAUGGAGCUGGCGGCCAAAUCACGAAGCAUCGCUAACACACAGCAGAAAUCAUGUUGCUCUAUCUGGUUGACUGAACUCAGUCAGCGAUUUGGAAGAAAGGAGGAGAAGACGUCGUCAGAAACAGAAGAAAAAUGCAAAGCUUGAACCUGCGCAGGACUAACAUAGAACAUCCUUGGGUUUCUGUUCACAUAUUCAGCUGUUUUUCAUCUCUGUUUAAAAAAAAAGCUGUUACUAAUGACUUUAGAGACUGUGCUAAUGUAAGAAACAGAUUUCAUUUCCGCAUGUAUGUAACUCAUGUAUUCAUGUAUGGUAACUAGAGAUGCACCGAAAUGAAAAAAAAAAGGCCAAUACUUAACAAAAUUAAGGUUUUUGGAGGUUUUCAUUAAUUUUCGUUCAUUUAUUUGUUGAAUAAAUGAAACAGCUAAAAAAAUUGUAAACGUUUUUUAUGUCCCUGCAGACAAACUAAACAAAGCACAAUAUAUUUAAGUGCUGUUUUAAUCAUGAAAUCAUUUUAGCAGUGCUAUUCUAGUCAUACAGUAAAUGUACCUCAGCAGUGCUACUGAGGACACAUUUGAGUGAAAUUUACACAAACAUAGCCAGUCAGUCUUUCGCUAAACAAACAGAUGCUAAGGCUAAGUUAUUUAAGCUAAUGUUACUUUCUUAGCCCUCUACAGCCUGUUAUGUUUCAGCUAAAAAAUAGGCAGUUUGUGGAAGGUUUGUUAACUCAACCCUAGCAUAAACGAGUUAUCGUAUGUCAAGUUAUGCUACCUAUCGAUAUAUGCUACUGGCACUGCGUAUGCCUCCGUUCCUCCAUUAUAGGAAAAAAUAAACUUGAUAUACCUAAAACAAACUUUUUUCACUAAUUUGGCCCCACAUCUCACAAUACUUUUUCCCUUUUUAUUUGUGGUUGCCAAAUAUUCGGUGCAUCACUAAUAAUAACAACAACACAACAUACAGAAUUAGGUCUUAUUUGGAUGCUGCAGGAUACUGUUCAUUAUACUGUUCAACCAUAGACAUGAGUGCUCUUGAAAAGUUACAUAUGAUUUAUUGCAUUUAACUGUGCUUAUGAUAUAGAGGAAAUAGUAACAUAGAGAAGAGUGAAUAGUAAAUCAUUUCUACCUAUCAGUUACUUAUAAGUGAGUUUUAUUCCCAUGUAGCUUUUAGUGAGUAAACUUUGGUGCUAGUGUGGCUUGAAAUAAGACUUGUGAAUGAGAAGUUUUAUUGCUUUUGUACUGUGAUAUAACAGGCAAAAUAAAAGUUACACGCUACCUUUUUAUGCUUA